AUGCCCACCCGGACCCCCAGGUCCUCAAGGCGAACCUGGUAUUCCUGGGGGUUUGUUUACACAUCCAAGUUUAAUUUAAUACAAAAUAUAGAGCCAGGUACUCGAGGUUUGGAUGGAAGACCAGGAAUAUCGGGUAAUAGCCUAAAUCAAGGAUAUGAUAGCGGAUUAAAGCAAGGAUUGCCUGGCCAAUUUGGCGAAGAUGGAAAUCCAGGACCGCCCGGAUGUCUGCCUGGUCAAAGAGGACAAGGUCUUCCCGGGCCAAAAGGCCUUCCUGGACCUCCGGGGGAGCAAGGGCCACAAGGGCAUCCAGGGCCGCCGUCAUCAGUAAUCGGACAAAUGGGACCGCCAGGAAUGAUGGGACCUCAAGGGAUUGCUGGAAUUCCAGGUAAAAUAAAAACAAUUUUUUGUCGAAUCUUCCAAUAA